AUGGCGUCUAUCUCAUAUGCCUAUCGACUUGGCCAUAAUACUGUGUCGAAAAUAAUAUCAGAGACCUGCGAGAAAAUAUGGAAUAUUUUAAAGGAAACAGUGUUUCAUUAUGACAGUCCAAAGAAUUGGGAAAAACUUGCUGACGAAUUCGAGCAACUUUGGAAUUAUCCAAAUUGUGUAGUCCGAAUCCAGCUGUUCCUGGCGAAGCCGCGUCUCGUGCUCCGUAGAGUCGCCAGACGUAACAGUACAUUCAAGUUACCAAAUGUUAAGCCUGUCGAAAGUAGUGGACCAGCAUUGCCUUAUGUGUUGUUAGCCGACGAGGCCUUUCCAUUAACAACGUAUAUGAUGAGACCGUAUCCGCGAAGUAGCAGUUUGGAUCUGAGGAAGAAAAUUUUCAAUUAUAGACUCAGUCGAGCAAGACGGGUUGUCGAAAGCGCUUUCGGGAUUCUAGCAGCAAGAUGGAGGAUUUAUAGAAAACCUAUAAUUGCAAGUGUUGCAAAUGCACGAAAAAUUGUUCAAGCAACAAUCGCCCUCCACAAUUUCAUCAUUAUUAAUGAGGAAAAAUUGCUUUCAAAAAAUAUAUAUGCACAUAUAACUCCAGAAGAUCGCAAUAUCAUUUCUCAAGGAUUUAGCUCAUUGCCAGUUACUAGAGGCAAAUUCGUUAAGAAUGGUAUCGAAAUUCGAAAUGCUUAUGCAGAUUUUUUUGUUGGCUCUGGUGCAUUGCCAUUUCAGUGGCAGAAGGCAAUGGAUAAUGACUUUUGA